AGGACUUCACCACCAAAAAUCUAAGAGAAAUGAAAAACUUCUUUCAUCUUUAGCAAGUAGUAGCAAGAAAGUAGCAGUACUUUAGAAAGCAAAAAAAAAAAUCAUGACUGAAGUAGCAGUGAAUUACUUGGUAGAGAAGUUGUUAGAGUUAUGCCGAGAAAACGUUGAGUUGAUAGCUGGGGUACAAGACGAUGUGACUGAUCUUGUGAAUGAUCUUCAAAUUCUCAAGGCAUUUCUAAAAGACGCUUCGAAGAUAAAUAGAGAUACUGCUCAAGGUUGGAAGCAAUCAUUGAAAGAGAUCAGAAAUGUAGUUUAUAAAGCGGAAGACUGUGUUGACAAAUUUUUGGUUGAGGCCAAGAAACACCAAGAUGGUCAUCCAGCUGCAAAAUGGAUUGAUGUUCCAUAUUGGUACAAAGUUAAAAAUGUUGCUAAAGAGAUUCAGUCCAUCAGAGUGAAAGUGAAGGAUCUUCAAGUUAAAUAUAAACAUCUUUUGGAGGCCACUCAAUUGAACAGUCUAUCUAGGACAACUCUACGGACCAGAGAGCUAACUCUGUGUGAUGAAGACGAUGUUGUUGGCUUUGAGGAGGAGGCAAACACUGUGAUUGAUAGGCUAAUUGGAGGAUCAAAGAAUCUAGAGGCAGUUCCAAUAGUUGGUAUGCCCGGUCUAGGGAAAUCAACACUCGCAAGAAAGGUUUCUAAGGAUCCAAGAAUUACAUUUGAAUUUUUCAGUUGCAUUUGGGUUAACGUCUCUCGGUCAUAUAAGAAAACGGAAGUUUUGCUCAGUAUUCUUAAAAAUUUCACGAAACAGCUUGACAAUAAGAGCGACGAGCAAAUAACUGAAGAUAUUCGCACUUUUUUGGGAAAAGGAGGGAGGUGUUUGAUCAUCUUGGAUGAUGUGUGGGACAGGGAAGUGAUGGAUUUUAUCGGGAAGAUUUUCACCAAGAGCGAUAAAGGUCAUCGAAUCAUGAUGACUAGUCGUCAAGAUACAGUAGCAAGUGCUUUCAAUGAAGAUAUUCAUAAGCUAAACUUCUUAAGUCACGAUAAUAGUUGGCUUUUGCUUAAAAAGAAGGUUUUUAGGAAAGAAAGUUGCUCCAGGGAUCUUGAAGAUCCAGGAUACCAAAUAGCUACAAAAUGUAGUGGACUACCACUUGCUAUCGUGGUCAUUGCGGGAGCUUUGCUAGCUUGUAAGACAAAAAGGGAAUGGGAACAUGUAAAUAAGAACAUAGGAGAUCACCUUAUAAAUCGAAAUAGUGAUGAUAGCUGCUUGGGAUUUGUAAAAAUGAGUUAUGAUCUGUUGUCUUAUGAUGCUAAAGCGUGCUUCUUAUACUGUGCUACAUUUCCUCGAGGCUUUGAUAUUCCCGUGUGGAAAUUGAUCCGCUUAUGGAUUACUGAAGGGUUCAUCCCUUAUGACAAGAAUUUAACUGUUGAGGAGAAAGCAGAAGAUUACUUAAAUGAUCUGACUAAGAAGAACUUAGUGAUGGUAAUGAACUGGACUGCGGAUGGUCAAAUCAAAACAUGUCGUAUUCACGACAUGUUAUAUGAGUUUUGCAAAAGAGAGGCAAGUGAGGAAGAUCUUUACCAUGAAAUUACACUAGCACCUGGUCAGUCUUCUAUAAUGAUGCAAGAUUCUGACUUUUGUCGUCGCCUUUGCAUCAAUUCUUCUAUCUUGAAAAACUUCCUGUCCUCAUUUUCAAAGAAACCACCUAUGGAACUUGUCAGAUCUUUCUUAUGUUUCACCUUAGAACAAACGGGAAAGUCCGAUGAUCACUUGAAAACAAUCCACAAGGUCUUUCCCCUAAUCAAAGUCCUUGACCUUGAAGCUGUACAAUUUACCUUCAGCAGGGAUUUUUACCAACUACUGCAUCUGAGGUAUAUUUCUUUCUCAGGGGAUUUCAAGGCCCUUCCAGAACCCUUCGGUAAGUUCUGGAAUCUAGAAACUCUUAUCAUUAAUACAACUACUCCAGAAAGUACUUUUGAAAUCAAAGCAAAUAUAUGGAGUAUGUUACGGUUGAGGCAUCUACAUACUAAUGCCCCUGCUAAAUUGCCUCUCCCUGGUCCUCCAACGGACAAGGAAUGCUGCAUACAAACACUGUCCACGAUCGCUCCACAAAGCUGCACGAAGAAAAUAUUUUCAAGGGCACGUGCUCUCAGAAAAUUAGGCAUUCGGGGCAAUGUAGCUGCUCUUCUCACUUCCAGUGCUGGUGGAUUGAGCGAUCUUGCUGAGUUGAAGCGAUUGGAGAACUUGAAGCUUAUAAACGAUGGUCAGUACUACGGUAAAGUCAUAAUCCUUCCAAAGCUGGUAUUCAUAUUUCCCAAGACCCUGAGGAAGCUGACCUUUUCCGGUACCGGCCUGGAUUGGAGCGAAAUGAGUAAAUUAGGGCAGCUCGAGUCCCUUGAAGUGCUGAAGUUGAAAGAAUUCGCAUUCAAGGGAGAGUUUUGGGAGACGGAUAUUGGUGGUUUCAGUAGUCUCUUAGUCUUGUGGAUUGAGCGGACAGACUUGAAGACUUGGAGGGCUUCAAAUCGCAGCUUUCCCUGCCUCAAGCGGCUUUUCCUUAUAUCAUGUGAGAACCUAGAAGAAAUCCCGGAAGGUCUGGCGGAUAUACCUGAUCUUCAAGAGAUGAAACUGGAGAGCACUCACAAAGCAGCGGUGAAAGCGGCGCGACAAAUUGAGAAGAGGAAGAAAGAGAAGAAAAAACAGGAAGAGUUGAAACACUAUGCAGAGGAGAACAAACCGGAACACCCAUUCAGCUUUAGCUUUGGGUUCAAGCUCACAGUAUUUCCUCCUGAUAGUGAUGCUGAUCCUCAACCUCAACCAACACACUGAUUCUUUACAGGAGGUAGAGGAAACUUUCCUGAGUCUUGUUUCCCUUUUAAGUUACUUUCUGAAUAAAGUCUCUACAUGUUUUUGAGACAUUGUGUAGGUUGUCUGUUAUUAUCUUGAGUUCCAAGCUAUAAGGUUUGAGUAUUUUUGUUUAUUUUGCUUUGUAAUUGUAAGACUAGCAUUUAGUUUUCCUGUUGUGGCUGGAUUUGUCUUAUUUGUUUUUGGCUGUGCCUUGUUGCUGAAUGAGAUUUACCCUUUAUUCUUGUUUGGUGA